AUGGAGGACCGAAGUGGCCAAGUCCUAGGCAUAGCUCUCACUUUCUUAGUCCUAGCAUGGGUCACUGUUGGACUCCGCUGCUAUGUGCGAACCUUCAUGGUGAAGGGUUUCGGCAUCGAUGACUACACAAUGCUCCUGACGUUAUGUUUCUUCACAUCAUAUCUCGUCUGCCAAAUCGGCGGUGCCCUACAUGGGACCGGUAUACGCCGUGAGAAACUAACGGAUGCCAACGCCCAAAUAGCACUUCACUUCUGGUUCUUCUGUGAGAUCUUCUACACACUAUCGACGUGUAUGCUCAAGAUUUCCGUCGGCUUCUUCUUGCUGCGCAUUACCAUUGUCCGGUUACACCUCUGGAUCAUCCGCUUUAUCAUGGUCGUCUCAGCAAUCGUCGGAGUCGCGUACACUUCAGUCGUCAUCUUCCAGUGCAAACCCAUCUCAUAUUGGUGGGAUCUCGACACGAACCACACCGGCACCUGUCUUUCGUCAACACUGGUAAUGAACUUUACCUUUGUAGUAUCAGGGCUGAACUCGUUUGCCGACUGGGUGUUUGCAGUGCUCCCUGUUCUCAUUGUCAAGGAUCUUCAAAUGAAGAAGCGCAUGAAGUUCGUUGUGGCAGGCGUAAUUGCUCUCGCAGCAAUUGGCUGUACAGCUACCAUCGCUCGCCUUCCCUACACAAGAACCCUCAAGGGUUACAAAGGAGACUUCCUCUACCGAACCACAGACUUCGCCAUCUGGAGCACAGUAGAAGUAGGACUAGGAAUAACAGCCGGCUCCAUCGCAACCCUACGACCACUCCUGAAACAAGCUUUCGAAAUCACACGUUCGGCUUCCGCCAUGCCCUGGAGCAAACCCUCCCUCUCCUCCGGCCACAUGGAAUCCGGAAAAGAGCUCAGCAACCUCAAGCACUCAAUUCAGAAAUCAACCACCAUCACAACAUCGCGGGCGCGAAGAGAAAGCGCGGGAUCAGACGAGGAAAUUUUCCUAGGCUCAAGCAUGCCAUCCGAGUCAUGGCAGCACCAGCAGAAACUGCCCACUUACAUAACAACAACCACCGUCGACGACAACCGCGUCGCCCGCUCGCAAUCACAAAAAGGCCACCCGCACAGGCCCAACGUGGAGCGUAAAGGAAGUCCCAGUGGCGCCAGCUCGUCAACAAUCGACAGCAAGGAAUCGGCGAAUAUACCCAGAGCUUAUGUCCAUGGACGGUUCUGA